AACAGGUCAUCCCUCCCGCCUUUUGCCAUGGAGUUUCCCAGUUUAGGCAGACUUCACCCCGAGCCAUGGGAGGGGAUGGGCCAGUACAAAAACUGACUCAAGACCAAAGCAUCUGUCAGUCUAGAGAGCGAAUGACUUAGAAGAGCUAUCACAUGUUGAGGGGCAGAAAGAGCUGUUGCUUUGAAGGCUGUUAUUUUGUUCCAUGUGCCUGGGAUCUGGAGACAUUAGUCAGUCAUAUUUCAGUACAGCUGUCUAGCUUUGACAGAAAGCCUGGUGGAGUGUUUUGUUCACAGGAGAUAUCUUCACCGUUUGUGUCAGACUGAAGUCAUGUCGGCUGACAGACUGAGCAGCGUGUCAAAGGAGGUGAAGUCGGAGAGCGUGUCGCUGUGUCCUCUGGGCGCUGCAGCUGCCCCCGAGCAGGAGCUGCUGUGCAUCUUCGGGACGGGGGACUUCGGGCGCUCUCUCGGCCAACGUCUGCUCCAGUCUGGCUACAGGGUGGUGUACGGCAGCCGCAGACCUCACAGCUGUGGCCCCCUGCCUCAGGGUGCUCAGGUGAUGAGCCAUGCAGCAGCAGCCGCCCAGUCUGCCAGUCUGGUCUUUGUUUGUAUUCACAGAGAACACUAUGACUUCCUGGAGACACUCGCACCCCAACUCAAGGGAAAGGUGCUGGUGGAUGUCAGCAACAACCUCAAGAAGAAUCUAUACCCAGAGGCCAAUGCUGAGUAUCUGCAGAGGCUGAUCCCUGGAGCUCAUGUGGUGAAAGCUUUUAACACCUUGUCUGCCUGGGCUCUGCAGAAUGGCCCCUCUGAUGCCAGUAGACAGGUGUACCUUUGUGGAAAUGGUGCUGAGGCAAAGGAGGCAGUGUCAGAGGUGGCGAUCAAACUGGGCCUCACUGUUCUGGACAGAGGGUCUCUGACUGCAGCAAGAGAGCUGGAGGACUUCCCCCUGCAGCUGUUCCCAGAGUGGAGGCUGCCGCUACGCCUGGCCGCCAGCCUAGCCGCCUUCUUCUUCUUCUAUCUGCUCAUUAGAGAUGUCGUCUACACGUAUGCUGGGGAGGGGAGAGACAUCUCCUUCAGAAUCAUGGUGUCCCUGGCCAACAAGGUGUUUCCCAUUGUGUCUCUCAUCAUGUUGGCCCUGUGCUACCUGCCUGGUGUCAUAGCUGCCUUCCUGCAGCUCUACAGAGGAACCAAAUACAAGCGUUUCCCGAACUGGUUGGAUCGCUGGAUGCUGUGCAGGAAACAGCUGGGACUGCUCGCGCUCGGCUUUGCUUCUCUGCAUGUGCUCUACACUCUCAUCAUCCCCAUAAGGUAUUAUGUGAGAUUCAGGCUUGCUGGAAGUACCAUCUCAAACAUCAAGGAGAACAAAACGCCGGUGUUUGACACCACCAUGGCCUGGCGUACUGACUCUUACUACUCCAUGGGGAUCCUGGGAUAUGCCUUCUAUGUCCUGUUGGGAAUAACCUCUCUACCCUCCGUCAGCAAUGCUCUCAGCUGGAGAGAGUUCAGCUUCAUACAGUCCAAGAUGGGAUACCUGACGCUGUUCUUCUGCACGUUUCACACAUACCUGUAUGGCUGGAGCCGGUUCCUCUUUCCCUCCACCUACAAAUGGUACACUCCUCCAGGCUACAUGCUCAGUCUCGUGGUGCCUUCUGUGGUGCUGGUGCUCAAGCUGCUGAUCGUCCUGCCCUGCGUGGACCGCACGCUCACCCGCAUCCGACGAGGCUGGGAGAGGACCGAUCCAAAGGACGACACCAAGAAAUCACUGCUGACAUAGGACUGUCACAAUUACAGGCACAAAAACGACGGAAGACGUAGAAAACGUAGACACGACGACACCAGAGUGACUUGCCUCCCGCUGUAAGUGCUCUGUGAGGAGAUAUUGUUUUGGGUGUCAUAGAUCCAAGACUUUACAUUAACACCCACUGUUGGGUCAACUUGGUCAGUCUCUGUGCAUGUAAUCAUGUUGGAUUUGUUUCAUUUUUCAAACAUAUUAUGUGAUUACUUUGCCCCUGUAAGGUCUUUUUUUUUUAAAUGCACUCCAGAUGUUUAAAGAUGUUGAGAUAUAUACUAAUCCUCUUUGAUCAAUAAUCAUAUUAUCUUAAAAUGACAUCUACGUCUUCUCUCUUAUUUAAAAUUGUGUAUAAUUGUUUUUUAAUUUCCAAAGUUUAACUGUUGGACACAAGAUGUCUCCUACUCUUUAAGUCUUCAAGUGAGCACAGAGUGAAAUUUUCACUUUGAGCAAAGAAUGUGGAGGUGUUAAUUAUGCACAUUCAUUAUUCUACACACUAAACUCAAGCAUUCACAUGUAGGAACAAGAAAUAUAUAUUUUUGGCUGGAGAGGGAAUUUAAUAAUGCCUCCAUACUUAUGUACACUACAUCCAGUAUUGUUAAAGUCUCUAAGUCAGACAUGUGUGUCCUUGUUCUAUUUCGCUUAUCAAAGCCAGGAGCAAAGGUUGAUAGGCUCGGAUUUAUACGCCCUUGAGUUAAUCAGCAACCUUCAUCUUCAGCAGUUCAGACUUUACAAGCGUUCACGUUCUCAGGUCACAAUUUUGAGUGUCAAACUUCACAGACCCAAAAAAUUAACUAGUUAACUUUCAUUUGAUUUCAUGCAGACCUCUGAGAACCUGCAGUAUUCUAGUACUCUUUAUAUACUUGUUGUUAUCUGGUCCUUAACAAAAUACUUUGAGCUGGACUAAUGUUGAAGAACUUCUUUUCGGCUCGUGGUCUUACCCUUUGUCAUCUGGUAUCUAGACAGGUGGGAUGCUCCAGCUUGAUGUGCCGCUCCCUAUUUGUUGGGUUUUUUUUUUUCAGAUCCGGCUUCGACUUUUGCUGCAAAGUUUGCUUUGCAAAUGUGCAAUUUCUUUGGUCUGAAUUUGUACACUGAUAAGUUCAUUAAGCUCCUUCAUAUUUUGAUAUGAACUGGCUCCAGCAGCACCAGUAGCUGUGUCUGUAUUGCCAGUUGCAGUAGCCUUGCCAGCUGCUGUAAAACACAUUAUUCAUUGGAUUUACUUUGUGUCUUCCUCUGUAAAUUCAAAUUUUUGAAUAUGGUUCUCACUGCUUUCCUUUUGUUAUUCCUUAUUAGUGUUUCUACAUGUCGAGUGUAAGCACUGUGAAAUGUUCUUCAAAAUAAACUCAAGUGCAACUGAA